AUGCUCAGCCCGCGGGAGAGAUUGUUGCUCAGCCUCAUCGGGGGACAGUGGAUCAGCAAUGUUUACGCUGCCAUCACAUGGCCGUCGCCAAUCUACGAUGAGCUCGAAGAUCUGAUGCUUUUGACCUCUGGCUACGGUAACAGAAACUUCAUGGCCCCCUUGGUCCCUUGCACAUUUGCCCCAAAUCCAGGUCACUCAGUCGCCGGAGGUUUUUUACGAGUCGCCUUCCACGACAUGGCCGGAGCCAACGUGGCUGAAGGGACCGACGGCUUGGACGCAUCUAUCGGUUUCGAACUGGACAGUAGCAUCUUUCCUGAGAAUACUGGUCCUGCCUUCAACAACACCCUCUCCUUUGUCUCGAGAUUCUACAGCAGUCGGGCCUCCAUGUCAGACCUGCUAGCCUUGGCGGCCUACGCCUCAGUUCGAGCCUGCGGUGGUCCCGCCAUUCCACUCAAAGCCGGUCGUAUCGACGCUACCCAGGCAGGAACUCCCGGUGUUCCUGACCCCAAGGACGAUAUUGACAAACUAAACACCGAGUUUGCUCGUAUGGGUUUGACUCCGGAAGAGGGUAUCCAGCUUGUUGCCUGCGGUCAUACUCUUGGAGGAGUGCAUUCUGCAGAACACCCUGCCAUUGUCCCCGUGGGUACGACCUUUCUCGGAGUACAAGACUUCGAUGCCACGAACAACACCUUUGACAACUCGACCCUCACCAUGUAUCUCGACAGUACCACCUUGAACCCACUUGUGGUAGGUCCAGACGUCGAUGCUCGAUCGGAUCUUCGGCUCUUCAACAGCGACGGCAACAAAACCGUCUCGAGCAUGGUAGAUUCAUAUGACAGCACUUGCUCGGUCAUCCUUGCCAAGAUGCUUGAUACCGUCCCAGCUUCGGUGACCUUGACCGAAGUGAUCACAGCUUAUCCCGUCAAGCCAGCGAACCUUGCGCUCACCAUCAGCAGCGCCGAUCAGCUUGUCUUCUCGGGAGCUAUUCGCUUUUGGACGAACAAAAUCUCCAAGUUAUCGGUCUCUAGUUUGCAGCUUGUCUACAAGGACCGAACUGGAGCUCCGGCUGGUACUAUCGACGCCUCUGUGGCCCUGGGUGACGGCACUGGAUUUGACGAUUCUUUCACGUUUUAUGGAUUCAAUGCUUCGAUCCCUGCCAAGACAUCCAUUUCGUCUUUCGUGGUGAAAGUCCGCCUCACUUCGGGAAGUAGCCUGACGUACGACAACAACGGCAAGGGUUUUCCGGUUCAGGACACAAUUCUCUCCCAGAACGCUUACUCAAGUCUUGCGGCUGCGGAUUCCUCAGGCAGUCAGCGAGCGACCAUCAUCGCAGCUGUGCGGUCCGGAACUGAGGGAGAAGUUGAUCUCGCAGUGAAUCUGAUCAAUGCAAUGGGAGUAAACAAUCUGCCGACGAUCUCCAAAAUCCCAACAGCCAUGACCAAAGUAUGCGAGUCGUUGUAUUAUAAUUUCUACUCCGCGUCCUUUGGCGUACCAGCCGCUGCGGUCAACGGCACAAAGUACGAUUUGAGCGCCGGAGGGGAGUACGACGGCUUCAAGGGCUUGAUCGGCUUGCAAGCACAAGCAGCAAACCUUCCAUGCGGUAGGGAUUCGAGCCCUACCACGUCUAGCGCCACGACUUCAUCUAGCUCCCGGACCGAGCUGUCAACCUCGACAACUACUGCGUCUUAUAUCUCAACCACCGAUACAAUUCCCGACAAGCACGUCAAGUCAACUUCCAGCCCAUUCUGGAGCAAUUUCACAACUACCAAGACCACCUCUGUCGACCAGGUAAAGUCAACUCGUUGGCCAAGCUGGAGUGAUUGGACGAUCUCUACUUCCAGCAGCGAGCCGGUAUCCCCGGAAACAACGACUUCCACGAGCGACUCUGUUUCGUGGGUUCGCGGCGAUCAUGGAAGCAUUCCUACCAGUAGCAGCGUCCCCGUGGCGGCUGUCAGCUCAAUCGCAGCUGGAGGCUCGAGCUCGUCAAGUUCGCCAGUUUCACCCGCCGUCGCCACUUUUACCGGCACUGGAAAUGCACUGACUGGUAGUGGCAUUUUCAGCAUGUUUGCGAUAGCUCUGGGUGUGUUGUUGCUGCUGUAA